AGCAAUGAUGGAAACAAUCGUCAUUGACUUUCAGAACUCCUUUAUCUUUAUCUUCCUCUGCUUCUUCUCACUACUCUGUUACACUCUCUUCUUCAGGAAACCAAAGGACUUUGAUUUGCCUCCGAGUCCUCCUUCUCUACCCAUCAUCGGUCAUCUUCACCUUCUUCUCUCUGCUCUAAUCCACAGAUCCUUACAGAAACUCUCCUCCAAGUAUGGAUCUCUUCUCUAUCUCCGCAUCUUCAGUUCCCCCAUAGUACUCGUCUCCUCAGCGUCAGUUGCUUAUGAGAUCUUCAGGGCACACGACGUGAACAUCUCCUCUCGCGGUUUCCCUCCGACCGGAGCUUCCCUUUUCGCUGGUUCUUUCAGCUUCAUCUCUGCUCCCUAUGGAGAAUACAUGAAGUUCAUGAAGAAGGUUCUUGUCACCAACCUGCUAGGACCUCAGGCUCUCAAGCGGUCACGGAGAGUCCGUGCUGACGAGCUAGAUCGGUUUUACGAUAACUUGUUCGAGAAGGCAGCAAAGAAGGAGACCGUGGAGAUCUUCGAGGAAGUGUUGAAGCUCGUUAACGAUAGCAUCUGCAAGUUGAUCAUGGGGAGGUGUUGUCCAGAGGAGGAAGAUGUGGUGGAGAGAGUCAAGGGAUUAGCUAUUGAGUUAGAUGUUUCGUCGAAGAAGAUUUUGUUGGCAAACCUGCUGCCCCCAUGGUUAAAGAAGCUUGUUCUCUCACUGUUUAAAAAAGAAGUGAAGGCUAUUUCAAACAGCUUCGAUGAGCUGCUCGAAAAGAUUCUUGCGGAACACGAAGAGAAGCAGGGAGAGAAUCAUCAAGGUAAGGACUUGAUGGAUGUGUUGUUGGCAGCUUAUGGAGACCCUUAUGGUGAGUAUAAGAUCACUACGAACCAUAUCAAGUCUUUUUAUGUGGAUCUUUUAUUUGCUGGCGUUACCAACUCGGCGCUACCAAUACAGUGGACACUGGCAGAGAUUAUCAACAGCCCCAAUUCUCUUGAGAGACUGAGAGUGGAACUCGAUUCCGUGGUAGGGACGACAAGGUUGAUUCAAGAAACAGAUUUACCAAACCUCCCUUAUUUGCAAGCAGUGGUCAAGGAAGGGCUAAGACUGCACCCGCCGGAGCCUAUGUUCGAGAGAUUCUCCCAAGAAGGGUGUAGGGUAGGAGGGUUCUAUGUACCAGAGAAAACAUCCAUAAUGGUUAAUGCUUAUGCUAUGAUGAGAGAUCCAAAUUACUGGGCAGAUCCUGACGAGUUUAAGCCAGAGAGGUUUUUAGUUACAUGGCAAGAGGAGGAGAGAAGAGGUCAAGCACUUAAGUACAUUCCUUUUGGAAGUGGAAGAAGAGGUUGUCCUGGAGAGAAUCUAGCUCAUAUCUUUAUAGGAACUGCAAUAGGAGUGAUGGUGCAGGGAUUUGAAUGGAGGUUCAAAGAAGAGAAAGUUAAAAUGGAAGAGGCUGUUGCAGGACUGAGCUUGACUAUGGCUCAUCCUCUUAAGUGCACUCCUGUUGCUCGAACUCUAAACCCUCUAACGAGUCGUGGUAGCUUCUAGCUCCCAACACCUACUCCUCCAUUCUCCACUAAUAAGUUUACUGAAUUAUUUACUGGAUGGAUGUAUCCAAGAAAUUAUUUGAUUUGAUCAUAUAUUACUGUAAGAAUAAAUACCUAAGCUUUCAAUUACUUUACGUAUUUCAAAGAAGAAAACAUUGUGUAAUUAUAGUUAGUGAGCAAAGCAUGAUUACUCAUGAAUUUAAAAUUUUAAAUGCAAGAAUACUAUUCCCAACAAAUCAAUUUAUACUUUUACUUCUAUUUUAACAUAUUUUUUUAUUAUGAGAAUAAAUCAUAUACUUCUACUUCUACUUCAUUUUUAUUUACUCAUUAUUUCUUGAUUUUCUCACCUUUUUUUUUGUUUUGAUAAUCCAGGUAAUACAGAUAGUCGGAAGGAAUCCGACUAAUGCCUAAGUACACCUCCGCAAAAAAUCCGUAUUGAGGUCAAAGCUCUCUCAAGGCCACUGGGCUGUCCUCGCUUGAUUUUUUUUUCUCUCAUUUCAUUCUUGAUAUUAUUGUUUAGGUUUAACAUUUUGAUGUCGGCUAUGUUCUGGUCAUGGGUUUAUCCAUUGAACUAUAUGAGAUCAAAUAUUCCAUCUGCUUCUUCACUUUAGAAUUUUCCCAAGUUUUAUGUUGCAAAAAGUUCCAAAAAUAGUGAAUAUAAAUCUUGAACAUGAAUAUUGUUAAACUUAUAUAAAAAAGUUUUUAUUAAAAACUAAUGUGUUUAAAAUUUAAAUUAGUAAAUUAACAACUAAUUAAAACAAUAUAUAUACAGGCAAAAGAAAAUUAUUUAUAUAAAAAUUAACACCAAAUUACAAUGCAUUUAGUAACACAAAACCCUUCUAAAAAUAGCGAUUAAGUUACAUUAUUUCCAAACAAUAUAUAGCACCAAAUCUAAACUACAAGUUUUGAAAUUCUAUAAAAUAAAGGGAUCAUAAUUUUAUCAUAAUAAAAUGAAAAGAUUUUGCGCAUAGCUUGGAUCCGAUCUUAAUUUAAAUCUUGUGUAACUUAUAACCCAGGGCCUAUAACAUUGAAUACAAAAAUUAAAAG